AGGGAAGGGUUAAGGCGUGAUGAAGCUGGUUGGAAACGAGCUGAGGUUGGAGUGCAGGGAAGGCGGCUGCUGGAGAUGCAGAGAUAGAGAGAGAGAGAGAGGGUGGAGGAGGAGCAGCAGCAUUAAAUAUGGACGGCCCUGGAGUGGGACUGCUGCAACCAACCGUCUGCUCUCUGUAAAGACCAGAGAAUAAUGUUACACAUUUGCAGAUCCGCCGCUUUACUGCUCUGUUUACUCGGCUGCAAUGUGUGGAAAGCGGUUACAAAAACCUUACGCGACCAGCAUGCACAAGAGGUGACGCUCAGGGUCCACGUGAGUGAUUCAAGUACUCAUCAGCCUCUGGCUAAAGCCUUCAUUGAGAUUUUUACCAACCAGACCUCCUUUGCCUCAGGAUAUUCAGGAGCAGACGGGGUGGCCUUCAUCAAGUUUGACUACACGCUCGGAACGCCACUGCUCAUCGCUGCAACACAACGUGGUUUCCUGCCAAAUUCCUCGCCAUGGCAAGCCACCAAACCACCCUUGUUUUCAUCAUUGAGCCUGCUUCUACAGCCUGAACGGUCAGCAACCCUGAUGGUGUAUGAAGACAUUGUUCAGAUUGUCUCAGGAAUUCAGGGCGCUUUAAUACAGCCGAGCGUCCAGUUCCAGAGACGGUUACUAAGCUUGCCAAAGAACUCAACCUAUAGAAACCUGACUGCUUUUCUAACAGUGGCCGUUACCCCUUGGGAGGUUGGCAGCUUCCCAUAUCUCCAAGGAAUCAAUGUAAAUCGUACAGGAAACAGCAGCAAGUUUGAGUUGACCCCUGUCACAGCAGUGAGCAUUCAUUUGUUGAAUAGUGAUGGAAGUGAAAUCCAAGUGAAUGGCCCCAUCUAUGUGACAGUUCCAUUGCCAGCCAACAGCCCGUUGAAGCAAGGUGAUGCUCUUCCAGCAUGGAAGUUUGAUAAGAAAAUUGGUGCUUGGCUGAAGAGCGUACUGGGCCUUGUACAAAAAGAAGGAGACCAGCUGACCUGGACGUACAUCGCUCCUCACUUGGGUUACUGGGCUGCAGCCAUGUCUCCUCAAAGCCCAGGUGGUUUGGGUACUGUUGGAACCAAGGACAUCACAGUCUAUCAUACGGUCUUCCUGCUGGCCAUUCUAGGAGGGAUGGCUGUCAUUCUGCUGGUUCUGCUUUGCUUACUCAUUUAUUAUUGCAGGAGGAAGUGUUUGAAACCUCGUCAACACCAUAGGAAAAUUCAGCUGUCUUCUGCACUGGACAGUUCCAAGAAGGACCAAGCAACUUCAAUGUCUCACAUCAACUUGAUCAGUGCAGUCCAUAUGGAACUGGUCUCCUCAGGUGGGGAAGCAGAUGUGCAUACGCCAAUGCUGAAACCUUCCUACAGCACAUCCCGAGAAUUCAGUUCUCGAGAAGAGUUAAUUUCACACAAAGUCCCUGUUCUGAGGGACGCACUAAACGAAGAUUAUCUGGGAUCCUCGGGAACCUUUCCCCUCAAGGUGGCCAGGUCCAUUAAUAUUUCGGAGGAUUUUGAAUCUCCUAUGCGAGAGAGGAGUUACAAUUCAGUGGCGUCUCAGCCGUUACUGGAAAAAAGGGAUAAGGAAGUUCAAGCUUCAGGAAGCUUUUUUCCCAUUGACAAUAAAGGUUGUAUCCGAGAGCCAACUUAUCAAUUGUCGUGUGUUCCUGACAAAGCACAACAAAUGGACCGAAAAGCAGUCGAUUACAAGAUGUCCCGGUCAGUUGACCACCUCGAACGACCAACAUCGUUUCCUCAGCCAGGCCAGUUGAUCUGUUGCAGUUCAGUAGAUGAAGUGAAUGACAAUGUUUAUAGGAAAGUGCUACCCACCUUGGUCAUUCCUGCCCAUUACAUGAAGUUGCCAACGGAAUACCCUUCUGCAGGGCAACUUUUGACCAGCCCAGCGGAGCAAGAGCUUGAGUUGGAACGGCUACAGACAGAGCUUUCUGUCCCUCAAUUGGCGAUGCCACAAAACUUGUCCCAACAGCAACUAGAGGAAGGAGAAGGCAAAGACUGGAGUCCCCAGUCAUCCUCCAUGUCAGAAUCGGUAUCUAUUCCAGCGUCACUAAGUGAGGCUGCGGUGGCUCAGAUGAAUGGCGAAGUGCAACUCCUUACAGAAAAGGCUCUACUGGAACUCGCUGGAGGAAAGCCUCUUCCUCACCCGAGAGCCUGGUUUGUUUCACUGGAUGGCCGUGCAAACGCCCAGGUUAGACAUUCUUACAUUGACCUGCAGAAAGCUGGAAAAAAUGGGAGCAAUGAUGCCAGCUUAGAUUCUGGUGUCGACAUGAAUGAAUCCAAACCUAGUCGAAAGGGAAAAGAGGCCAGAGAGCGAAAUCUUUCAGGGAGCAUGACCUACACAAGGCUGGUCUAUGUGGAUGAUAUGGAGCAGAGUGGGAGUGAAAGUGGGACAGCUGUCUGCAGCCCAGAGGAUAUCUCAAUAAAACCUCUGUUGGAUGAGUUGGCCAAAAGAAAUAGUGGCAUGACAGAGGGCAUUGAGAAUGAAAACCUGCAGAGAAUUGAAGAAAUCGAGGCACCACUUCCAACAAGUCCAAGCUAUGACAAACAUGUGGACACUGAGGAGCAGAUGCUGAAUAAUGAGAAUGAUCGGAUUAAUGACAAUGAUCAGAUAAAUGAGAAUGACGACAAUGAUAGUUCGGAGGACCAAGGAGAGGAUAAAAAAAGCCCUUGGCAGAAAAGGGAAGAAAGACCCUUAAUUGCUUUUAAUUUGAAAUGAGCAUUUCUCGGCUUACUCCCACUGGAGUACAAAAAAAGUUGCCAAAUAUUCUUUACAAAAGUGCUUGCCCGGUUGAGAGAGCUGAUCUACCCUCGGAAGAAGAAAACGCAUGACCGUUUUCGAAAACUGCAGUAUGAAUGAAAUACUGGUCUUUCGAACACAAUGGAACACAUUCAAUAGGCUUUCAAAGCAAUUGUUUAAGUGAAAGCCUAUGGGACAACCAGAUGAUUAUAGAAAGACAUAAAUGUCUUUAAAUUUAUUUUUUGGCAUAAAUUGCCUAUUGUGUGAAAUAAUGAAUUCCAUGCCAGGUAUUUUACCCAAACAUCCCUGUAGUGGUAACAGUUGAUGAACCUGUAUUGAUUUCUACUUAUUUGUUAGAAUUAUACUGUAAUAGUGUAUUAAAAGGACACACUUAGAUGCUGUGCCCACAGGUAUAGAAUAAUUGAAAAAAAAAGGCUAUGCAUUGCUGCUUUGUAGAAUUAUGUUGCUUGGAUGUCUUUUUAAAUCAUUCGUCGCGUCCACUAUUUGGUGUAAACUAUUUUCUUUAAAGUCCUUUAUCCUAUUAGAUUUAUGUUGAAUGUUCUAGCAUCUUGCUUACCAGUAUGCUGUGAACGACAACUCUCAGUGAUGACAAAAGCCUUUGAUUUAAACCAAACUGCCCUAAAAAAAUCUGGUCCAGUAUUCUCCAAGUGCCUUCAUAGUUUCCAUUUCCAUUACGCAAAUCCUGUUUCAACAGUUCUCAACUCUUGAAAUUCUGCUUUUCAUAAUUGUCAGUUUUUUGACAGUUUAUUGAUUUGCAUGCAACAGUUGUGCUUUUUUUGUCACUUUUAAAAAUGCAACUGUAUCUUGUAGCCUAGCAGUGUGUAUUGUAUUACUGUUUUUUGCUGUUGAACUACAGGUAGACUAGAGGACUUUUAUGAAGAGGUUAAAAAAGUAGCCGUGAAUGGAGGUCCUGUAUGUAUUGUAUGUUUGGAUGCAGUCAAGCAUUUUAAUUGCUAGCAUUAUCCAUGUCCAGUUAUGGAGCUAUGAGUGGUCAAGAAUGAGUGAUUAAUAUGGGUCUCAGCCAACACUUUAUCCUUCUGUAACACCUCAUAGUGCCAGGAUUCCUUUUCUGUGCAAUCUUUUGGAUUGGUUGCUUGUUUCUCUAAGGCUAAUUAUUCAAAAUAAAUCUAUAGAUAAAACCUGAACGUCCUUGUAUUUAUUCUGAAAAGGCUCCCAAUCAGUCCCUUGUUUUUAGACCUAUAUUUAUAGCGUUUCUUUGAAUGAAUAGAAAUUUUCAAAGUGGAUUUGGGCAAUAUUUUUGUUCUUGGGAAUCACGUUAAAAUGUUGAAUUUUGUUGGACAUUUUCUUUACUCAGCUGACCACAUUAGUUUUUUUUAAGUUUGUAAUAAACCUACAUCUGGAAUAA